AAGAUAAAUGAAAGCAGGUGGCUUAUGGCAUGUUUGCUUCACGCAAGUUUUGCUCCAUCGCGUGGCUUCAAAGUCUUUUUUUAGUGUUUAAAACCACUCUCUCAACACAAUGAAUUCCACCAAACCCUAAAGCCAAGCCAUUAACUACCAAGGAAACAAACUAUACCAAAUUACAAAAUUCAAUUCAAAAUAAACAAAAAACACAUGUCGAUUAGUAGUAAAUAGUAUUAUUAGAUGAGUAGUAGCUCGAAUUUUGCUUGCAGCAGCAUGUCGCCGGCGGGAGGCGGAGGAAGCAGCAGCAGCGGCGGCGGAGGCGGGGCGGGGGGCGGGGGGCCGUGUGGGGCGUGCAAGUUCUUGAGGAGGAAGUGCGUGGCGGGGUGCAUAUUCGCGCCGUAUUUCGACUCGGAGCAAGGCGCGGCGCAUUUCGCGGCGGUGCACAAGGUGUUCGGCGCUAGCAACGUGUCGAAGCUCCUCCUCCACAUCCCGGUGCAGAAGCGGCCCGACGCCGUCGUCACCAUCUGCUACGAGGCUCAGGCGAGGCUCAGGGACCCCGUCUACGGCUGCGUCGCCCACAUCUUCGCCCUUCAACAACAGGUGGUGAAUCUGCAAGCAGAACUCUCCUACUUACAAGCGCAUCUCGCCACUCUCGAGCUCCCAACUCCCCCGCCAGCGCCGCCGCAGCCGCCGUCGCUACUGACGCCGCCGCCCUUAUCCAUAGCCGAUCUUCCCACAUUCUCAGCAAUCCCAUCAACGCAUGACUUGUCAUCUCUAUUUGAUCCAACGGCAUGGAUCCCUCAUCAUCAGCGCCACGAUAUCGACACAGCAUCACAUUUUCCGACAGCCGCCCAUCGAGGCGGCGGCGAUCUUCAAGAACUGGCUCGUGAGUUUCUGUCUAGGCGCGCAACUCCGGCGGAGCCAUGUAGGAAUCAAGCUUCAGCUUUGCCACCUCACUCUAGCGCCUAGAAAUAAAAUAAAAUAAAAUAUUAAUGGAAGAAAUAAUGAAAAUGAAAUUUGACAUGAUGAGAAACUGAUUAACUAGUAUAGCUGCCAUAAUUUGGAGGAAAUUAACUUCUUUUUUUGUCUUUUUUUUUUUUUUUCCUUCUUCCUCUUUUGUUUUUUGGGGAAUUGAUUUGAUCUGAUUUUGAUUAUUUUUUUAUAGUGAACUCUUUUUUUUGGCAAAUAGAAUUGAGUUCGAUUCAGAGAUGGUUUUU